UGAGAAUGAGCUCCCAGUGUGUUCUGCAGGAGGAUAGAGGGAGUGAGAGAGAGAGAGAGUUGGCUGUGAGCUCUCACUAUCACACAGAGACUGGGAGCUGCUGUAUUGUUGCUCUGAUACACAGAGACUGGGAAGCUCCGCGGUAUUAAAGCGGCUCCUGUGAGUCGCGCAUCCUCCGCAGCGCAGACACAAGCUGGUGCGGACAGCGGAGAGACAGAGAGAGAGAGGGACAGAGAGAGAGAGAGAGCUGGCCAGCGGCCGGAGAGGAGGCUGAAGCCGGCGGUCCGGACCAGCGGUACAUAGGGAGCCACCGAGCCGAGUGAAAGCGAAGCCUCCGGAGCCGCCUCUCGGACCUUUUCCUCCGGUUUCAGGGCGGGAGCAGCGGCGGAUUUCACCCCCCUCCCUCCUCCCCACUCUCCCUCCUUCUUCCCCCCCACCCCCCACCUUCCCUAAUUCCACCCCCUAAUGUCCGGUGUCGGGGCGGCGGCGUUGUUGCUGCUGCUGGUGUCGGUGCUGAGGAUACCGAGAGAAGCAAUUGGCCUGGCAGCAUGUACACCUGGGUUUUCAGAAGAUGUUUACAAUGCAGUGGUUUCAAGGAGCAUUCAUGAAGGGCAACCUCUUUUAAAUGUGGGGUUUGAUGACUGUUACGGAAGUGUGGUGGUGCAGUAUGAAACGAGUAACCCGAGUUUCAGGGUCCAACGCGACGGUGUAGUGUACGCAAUGGAAAACAUUCACCUCCCUGGAAAGCAGCUGAAGUUUGUGAUAACCGCACACGGAACCAAGACCCAGGAACAAUGGCAAACUGCCGUCAAGCUAACAGUGAGACCCGAGGGCAGUACCAAGCACAGUGGACAGAAGACCUGGAAGUCAAGUAAUGUCGCCCUGCCUCAGAAUAUUCCGGACAUCGUGUUUCCUCGGCUCUCGCUCGAGCACCAGGGGCAGCUGAAACGUCAGAAGAGGGACUGGGUCAUCCCUCCGAUCAACGUGCCCGAAAACUCUCGUGGUCCUUUCCCGCAAGAACUGGUCAGGAUUCGAUCUGAUCGUGAUAAAAACCGCUCGUUGCGCUACAGUGUCACUGGGCCAGGAGCUGAUCAACCGCCUACUGGGAUCUUCAGCAUCAACCCAAUCUCUGGCGAGCUGUCUGUGACUAAACCUUUGGACCGAGAGCAGAUAGCUUCCUACCAUCUAAGAGCUCACGCUGUAGACCUGAAUGGAAAUCAGGUGGAAAAUCCAAUUGACAUAGUUAUCAAUGUCAUUGAUAUGAACGAUAACCGGCCAGAAUUUCUGCACCAGGUCUGGAAUGGCUCUGUCCCUGAAGGAUCAAAGCCAGGAACCUUUGUGAUGGCUGUAACUGCAGUUGACGCCGAUGAUCCCAAUUCGGCCAACGGCAUGUUAAGAUACAAAAUCCUUUCCCAAACACCGAGCAGCCCUUCUCCAAAUAUGUUUACCAUCAAUAAUGAGACUGGAGAUAUAAUCACUGUCGCAGCUGGCCUUGACAGAGAGAAAGUUCCACAGUACACGUUAAUAAUUCAAGCCACUGACAUGGAGGGCAGCCCAACGUAUGGCCUCUCCAACACUGCAACCGCUGUCAUCAAAAUUACCGACGUCAACGACAACCCACCCGAAUUCACUACUGCGACGUUCUAUGGAGAAGUACCGGAAAAUAGGAUCGAUAUCAUCAUAUCCAACCUGACAAUAACUGAUAAGGAUCACCCUCACACACCAGCGUGGAAUGCCAUUUACAAAAUAACUGGUGGAGAUCCUACAGGCCACUUUGCUGUGCCCACUGAUCCAGUCAGUAAUGAUGGUCUGGUAACAGUCAUCAAGCCUAUUGAUUAUGAAACCAACAGAGCCUUUGUACUGACAGUCAUUGCUGUAAAUCAGGUACCUCUGACAAAGGGCAUUCAGCUUCCUCCUCAAUCAACCGCCACUGUCUCCAUUACCGUUAUUGAUGUGAACGAGAGCCCGUAUUUUGUUCCAAAUCCUAAACUGAUUAGGCAGGAAGAGGGUCUUCCUGCCGGCAAGCUCCUCACCGUCUUCACAGCUGAGGACCCGGAUCGAUACAUGCAGCAGACUCUUAGAUAUUCGAAACUAUCGGAUCCUGCAAACUGGCUCAAAAUUGAUCCGUUGCGCGGGCAAAUUACUACAAUCGCAGUGUUGGACCGAGAAUCCUCCUACGUGAAAAAUAAUAUGUACAAUGCAACGUUCCUGGCAUCAGAUAGCGGUAUCCCCCCUGCAAGUGGAACAGGCACUCUGCAAAUCCUGCUGCUCGACACCAAUGACAACGCCCCUGAGGUCUUCCCGCAAGAGGUCUCGAUUUGCGAGAAGCCGGAUCCGAACGCCAUUAAUAUCACUGCCAUAGACACCGACAUCGAUCCCAACACCGGGCCCUUUGCCUUCGAGCUUCCUGACAGUCCACCAGACGUGAAAAGGAACUGGACCAUCACCCGGCUCAACGGUGAUUAUGCCCAGUUGAGUCUGAAGAUCGGAAUCCUCGACGACGGCAUCUAUGAAGUUCCAAUAAUGAUUAUGGACUCCGGAAACCCUCCCAAGUCCGCCACGUCUGUCCUGCUUGUCAAGGUCUGCCCAUGUGAUGAAAACGGUGACUGCACCUCGGUACAAGCUAUUGUGGCAGCUGGCUUGGGAACUGGGGCAAUCAUUGCAAUCCUCUUGUGCAUCAUCAUAUUGCUUAUCUUAGUUUUGCUGUUUGUCAUAUGGAUGAAGAGACGUGACAAGGAGCGUCAGGCCAAGCAGUUGCUAAUCGACCCAGAGGAUGACGUACGAGAUAACAUACUGAAGUAUGACGAGGAGGGAGGGGGAGAGGAGGAUCAGGACUACGACCUCAGCCAGCUUCAGCAGCCCGACGCUGUGGAACCUGAUGCGAUAAAGCCCAUGGGAAUCCGACGCGUUGACGAGCGGCCAAUCCAUGCCGAGCCUCAGUACCCGGUCCGCUCGACCGCUCCUCACCCUGGGGACAUUGGAGACUUCAUCAAUGAGGGGCUCAAGGCAGCGGACAACGACCCCACAGCACCACCUUAUGACUCGCUGUUGGUGUUCGACUACGAGGGCAGCGGUUCUACAGCCGGAUCUUUGAGUUCCCUCAACUCCACGAGUUCUGGCGGAGACCAGGACUACGAUUAUCUGAAUGACUGGGGCCCACGGUUUAAGAAGCUAGCGGACAUGUAUGGUGGAGGCAGUGACUGCUAGGACCUUUUUUUUUUGGAGCGCAAGUGGGAAAUGUUGCAGACCAAGAACUUCUGACCGAUUUUAUUCCCAGCAACAACAAACAAAACACACACAAAAACAAAACGGCUAGGCUUUUAUAUGUUAGUCAACUGGUGCCAGUGCUCGUUGAAAGCUGCGAUUAUAGCUGCAAACCAAUUGGCGCGAGUGGAAUUAUCGGCAAACUGACACUGUUUUAAAAAAAAAUAUUGAUAAGAGCUCUGUUACACUUGAAUUUCAAAGUACAGAAGCACUGAGAUUUUGUGCCUUUUUGUACACUUUUUUGAUCUUAAGAAUCAUUUAGGUUUAUGUUACACGCUUUAACAGUACCUGUGACAUUUUGAAGUGAUAAUCCCCGC